AAAUACAGGCGGCUAAGGGCGCGGUUCACGUUUGAGGCUCCUGCAGCAGCUGGUUAGAAUAUCUGCCUAUGUUUCGGCAGCAUUCUUCAGUGUCACAGCCUUCACAUUCGCCGUCAACUUCCCAGCCAUACUUCUCUAGGAUACUAUUGCCGAAAGAGUCUAGUAAUGGUGCAGUUAAUCAUUCACGAAGAAGACAUUCUGUUCUAAAUGGUUCAAGUUCAAACUCAUCUGAACGUUCAAAGCAGUCAUACGUUUCAGCCUAUUUUUCUCGUGAUCAGGAUACACGAAAAGGUUCACCAAGUUAUAUGCCAACUAUCUUCAACUUUCAGCCUGUAAAUGAUUAUCAUUCUCCAGCACUUAGACGUCGCAUUAUUCGAGCUGAAAGCACAAAGACAAGUCUAAUUGGAACACCUGAGCCUCCGAAUUCUAAUGUCACUAUUCAGCGUGGUUUACAGCUCUUUGGGUCAAAGAAGCGUCUUCGUGAACCUGUGACUGCUAACGCAGAAGAAUCAACUCAUGGUGGAUUUGAUUUUGCAAGUUCUAAACGUCGACGAACCUCUGGUACAUUCGACAUAUCUACCCUAGGUUGUACAACCGAUAUUGAUGGCUUUUCCUUCACAUCACUGCGUCAAUUAAAAAACGAAGUCGUCAUCAGGAAUGUUCAUUCAGAUGCUAGCAUAGUCUCUCAUGAAAACAGUGGUCAGAAUAGUAAAUGUGUCCAAACUCAAGAGGUUAAUGAAUGUGGAGAUAAGAAAACGGAAACAGGUAUUCUUUUCACAGGGUAUGUAGAGUCAUCUGGGACUACCACUCGCGGGUCUGGUGCUGCUUUGAGGCGGAAGAUUCCAUACAUGUCACCUUCUGAACUUGAGGCUCAUUUGGUGUCUAUCAACGCUGUAACAUAUUCGGAGCAAAAUUCAGUCGAUAACUCUUCGAACACAAGUGAUGUUAGUCUUACAGAAGACGAUACGCUGCCUGUUGUGUGUAUGAGGAAGAAAUGUAAAGCUCGUAGAAUAGCAGACGAGGAUAACCAACACAAGGACUCAGUUCUAUCUUUAAAUGUUUCUACGUCAUCUGCAGUUAAUAAUACAGCAGACUGCGACUCUGAAACAGAUGAUUCAGAACCCACAGUUGUGAAGAUAACUUCCCUAAAUAGAUUUAUUUCCAACCUUGAAGGUCACUCAAACUCAUUUUUCAACAAAAUCGAUCACUCACAAAGUAAGAGUUCAUCGUUUAAUUGCUCUCCAGGUGGGUUUGAUAUGGAGUUACGAGUGAAGCGCAUUCGUGAACUUAUUGCAGCAAAAUCAAAUAAUCACGUUUCUGUUAGUUUGCCUAGUGUAGAAGCUCAUGUUACCACUACUUCCAAUACAAUUAAGAGCAUUUCUCAACCUACCACUCAGAAUUUAUCUAAUCUGAAUCCUCCUCCUAUCACUUCUGUGUUAUCAUCAGUUCCAAGUGUAUCUUCUAUCUCUUCCACAAGUUUUACACCAAGUGUCGUGUGUAGUGCUCCUUCAUUAGUUAGAACUAUCACCUCAGUCAGUAGUGCAAUAUCAUCUUCACCCUCAUCUAAGCUUUCCGCUUUUCCUGUAUCCAGUUCAAACAACGGAAUUGCGAACACUCAGCCUGCCACGUCCACUACUGUGGCUGUGACGACAGUUGUCAGUCUGCCUGUAACUAUAAGUUUCGGUUUUACAACCACGUCGAAUGUAUCAAGUUCACUCAUACCAACGGCUACGGUAGGUAACGUGGCAGCAACUAAGGGGACAUCAGUUGCGUUUUCUUUUCCUUUUUCUGCUUGUACUGCACAAAUUGCAAGUUCAAAAGAGCCAACUAUAACUUCCACAGUAGCACCAUCAAAAUCCCCCAUAUCAUUUCCAGCUUUUACAUCAGGCGUAAAAGUGGGUGUUACAUCUACUCAAACUGCUUCCUCAGUAGUUCAGCCUGCCGUGUUUUCUUUUCCAAAUAGUACCCCGACAACAUCGACGGGUGCGGGGACUUUUAUGGCCGUAACAACGGCAACAACAACAGCAUCAGUGACGACAACAGCAGCAGUGACAACAACGGCAGCUUUUUCCUUUGUAUUUCCACUCACUUCCUCAACUUCGUCGCCGUUACAAACGACUUCUUCAAGUGCAACAUCAGCAACAAAUACUUCAAGUGUUUUUGAAUCUGUGAAGCCCAUAUCUACAUUCAGUGGAUUUUCUUUCUCAAAGUCGAGUUCUACACCAUUACAGACUCCUAGUAUAUCAACUGUUGUGGCUAGAACUUCAGCUCAGAGUGAUAGCAGCAGUAGUAGUUGUAGUAAAUCUUUCAACUUUGGUACAAGUAAUUCUCAGCUUCCUUCAGGAACAGCUUCAAUAUUUACAUUUGGUGCACCCAAGACAACUGUUUCUUCGUCUAAUGUAGUUCCAUCCCUUAGCAUCACUUCGAGUUCUGCAUCAUCAUUUUUGAGUUCGUUUUCCAAUCCUACAUCUGUAACAAGUAGCUUUGCAUUCGGAUCAAAUGUAUCUAAGCCGCCUACCACAUCGGUUGUGUUCGGUACUCUUGGUCAGUCUGCUGUUACAACAGCAUCUCUUAGCAGUGCAAAUAAUAUGGGUCUGUUUAACUUCACAUCUCCAGCUGCUAGCAGUUCUAGUUUAUCUUUAUUUAGUUCUACCGGAUCUACCACUGUUAACUCCUUAUUCCCAACGUCUGUAUCUACUGUCAGUACUGCUAGCACAGCGUUAUUUUCGACUCCUGUGUCUGUGUCUCAGUCCACAUCUAUCGCGAAUAAUCCUUUCACUUUGGGGAUUAAACCAGCAAGUGUAACACCUUCAACAUCUUCAACGUUAUUUGGAGCAAAUAGUCAGCUUUUUGGAUCUACAAGUGCACCAUCUAUGAAGUUCAGUUUUGGUCAAUUAACACCUAGUACUACAUCUGGUGCAGCCACUACUAACGUGUUUUCAUUCAGUUCAACCAGUGUAACGACAUCUACAACUUCUGUAACCUCCUCCAGUACACUAUUUCAGUUUGGUAAUUCUAGCUCCUUACCUAAGGCAUCAGCAGCUACGGUUUGUCAAACAUUCUCUUUUGGUUCAUCUGCUCCUUUAUUUUCGUUUGGUCAGCAGUCAACAGCUGUAUCAUCCCAACCGACAACGUCAACUUCAACACUUAACUCAUGCCUUACUGCCGCUGCUUCUGCUGCCCCUGCUAUCACCAGUGCUACUGGUUUUCAGUUUGCUCCUACUACUGUAUUUCCAAGUAACAAUUCUUCGGACAAUUUUGGAGGGUUCAACUUCUCUCAAUCUCCAGCAUCAUCGUCAAGUGUUGUUAAUCCGCAAGAUGCUGGGUUUAUUUUUGGUCAAACAGGGUCGAAUACUAGCGUCAGCGCCAAUCCAUUCACCUUUGGUACAUCUAAUGGUCCAUCGACCAGCUCUACGAGUACUCCUCGACGUCGACCUCAUUCAAGCAGGCGCUCUCGUCGUGUAUAAUUUCUAACUAUUGAGAAAAUUCAAUUCCUUUUUCAGAUGAAUAAUAUUUUUACACCAGAGCUAUUGUGUGCAAGUGUGUAAACACGAACAAUUUUUGACCAUUGAUUAAAAAGAGUCAUACAUCCCCGUAUUGUCUUCACAAUAAUUUGUAUGGAGUUUUUCAAAUUCCCCUUUUGUAAUAUGAUAAUAUUUAGAAGUUUCUUCACUUUAUCCUUUUGUGAAUAGACAGAUUUCCAAACAGGUGUCCUUUAUGUGUUAUAAAUGUAAUCCUUAAUCAUUAUUUUGCAUUUGGAGGUAAAUCGAUUUUUUGAUUCUAUAUGAAGAUCGGAUCUAGAUCUCGUGUCCUGGUGCCAGUAGAAAACUGUUUACUUAGUAAAGUGCAUCCAUAUUUUCU